CAUCAGGAGGAGCUCUGGCAGCAUAUAAAGGUUAGUGACUGUAGAGAGGAAUGCCAGAGCCUUCACCUGCAGAGAACAGAACAGACGUGACUGACUCACCUGCUGAGAGGAGGAAGAAGGGAAUAAUUUGCUCAGUCAGUCUUUCAAAUCAGUCAGUUAGUAGAGUAGGAAACUCAGUGAGUCGAUUGUACAUCAGAGAUUCAGAGAUUCAGAUCCUGUAUGUACUGUAGGUCAGAUAUUUGGCAGGUCAUUUGAAUCAGGUGAUUCAAACAGAGAUUGAACGAACCAGGUGACCAGGUGAUUCAGACAGAGACAAGGUGAGCAGUUGAUCCAGUUGAAGCAGGUACCAGUUGAAGCAGGUACCAGGUGAACCAGUAUAAGUAUGUCCAGUUUGUCCAGUGUGGUCCAGUUCUCUCUGCUGCUGGUCCUCCUUCUGGCUGUUACGGGUCAGGACUGUGCUACUGCCCGGGUCCAGAGGGAGGCCCGGUCCAGGGCCCGGUCCAGGGCCCGAUCCAGGGCCAGGUCAGGCUGUAUGAAGGACGGUGUCUCUCAUUGUGUGGACCUGGCCAAACUGCAGGAGCUGAUCCAGGAAGUCCAGAAAGACUUCACAAACACGUCUCAUGAUGGCAGGAUCCUGUUAAAGACAGUCAUCUUUGACAAGAUCAAGAAGCACAAGAAGUACCACGGCUGUGUCCUGCUCAAAAUCCUGGACUUUUAUCGGGAAGUUCUCCAGAGACAAGACAGAAAUUAUCUUGACCUUGGGGGCCUGCUGGAUGAAGUGAAGAAAUGCGUUCACCCAAAAAAGAUCUGUGAAAAGCUGUACCAGGAAGCUGCUGGGAAGCCAGUGAAUGAGUCUAAGAUAGAGGAAGAUUUGGAGCUGCUGUCGAAGGAUGCAGCCAUUCUGCAACUGCAGAGACUGAAGGCAGCCAGUAAAAAGGUGGUUGAGCUGUCCGAGAGGGCGACUCUGGACAAGGCCAUGGGAGAGCUACAGGGUCUGGAGGACUACAUCCAGGGGAGGGGCCUCCGCAGGAGCUGAGGAAGUAAUCAGACCGCCAGUAACUACAUACACACAGUCAUGCGUUACCGUGACUACAUAUACACAGCCCUGGGUUACUGUGACUACAUUUACCGUCUUGAUGUCACAUUUACUGGUUUUACCCUCUUUAGCUGUAUUUGCUUGUAGCCAUAUUCCCUUAGACAUGUUCUGACAUGUUCCAUGUUGUUUGUGUAUUUCUUCAUCUACUUUGGAUUACUGUCAACAAUUUGAUUGACUUAGAAUUUUGAACUUGUCCAAUAUUCAGUUGGGGAGAAUAUUUGCGUCCUCUGUUACUGGUACUACAUGUUCUGUUACUGCUAGUACUACAUGUUCUGUUACAACUAGUACUACAUGUCCUGUUACUACUAGUACUACAUGUUCUGUGACUGCUAGUACUACAUGUUCUGUUACUGCUAGUACUACAUGUUCUGUUACUGCUAGUACUACAUGUUCUGUUACUGCUAGUACUACAUGUUCUGUUACUGCUAGUACUACAUGUUCUGUUAC